AGAGCCUAAUAUACUCAAGAACGCUGCAACCGUAGGAGAAAAACUGACACUUAUCGCUUGAAAGACAAUGGAACCGAAAAUCGCACGAGUGCAGUACGAAGCCCCACAUUUCUUCGAGGCACUUUCUGGACGUGUGUUGUAACAGUCUUGUGCAAGCUUUUUGGCAAUCAUCGAUUUACUCUUUUGAUCACACUUCCCCUUGUGUUGGCGUACCUUGUUCAGAAGUAUUUCCCUUCAGCGCGCAUGCCGAAGAAGCUAAUUGGAAUGUCGUGCACCACUAUGGGUGUCAUUUGUAGUUGUGCUCUCCCGGACCUCUUCGCGCCAUUGCGUGCGAUCAACUGCAAUGCCGAUUACUACGUUAGUCUCUGUGGUAGAACUGAAGCUGCACCGACAGAAACAGUUUCCACAUAUAACGAUGCUCUCUUUGGGCCUGCAACGAGUGCGCAGUUUCCUUAUCCUCCUCGACCAGCCACUACCACUACGACGACCACACAAAGCGAACAGGAGACCUCCGUCUUGCAAGUUCCUGUUCUCCUUGAUUCUCCCUCCCGAAAUUUUCUUCCAUUAGACUUUGGGCUUGCUAAUAACGGCGCCAAAGUUUUGCCGGCGCUCACAUCUCCUACUGAAGGAUCGAGUCCUCUUUCGUACGUGGCUGGGCUGAUUUCAGUCCUUAGGGGCUAUGAUAAAACGCAAAUGCACAUGAAUCCUCCGCGUGUUGUUCUAGAGGAGGAGGUUCUUUUGUCCAACUGUUGGAAAUUUGCAGGCUCACAAGGUCACAUCGCUAUUGCUCUAUCGGAUUCCAUCAUUUGGAAUCGAUUCACAAUCCAUUCUCCCGACGGUGACCCUGGAGUCAAGCUCAGGCAGGCUCCUAGAGUCAUCGUUAUGCAAGCCCUUGUCUCGCAAGAGAAUAUCCUGGUUGAUGCUCGCAGACUGUCAGCCUGGGAGGAUUUCGUCGUAGUUGAACAACUUCUCGAUCCAUCGAUCUUCAAUUCUUCCACGGCCUUUAUGGAAGUGGCGAGAAUUGUCUACAUGCCUUCGGAAGGAGGCCAACAGAUGUUUUCUACCUUCUCUCCAGUUCAAACAUCCAUUGUACUGGUUCAAAUACUUGAUAACUGGGGGGAUACAUCCACCUGUCUUCAUAGAAUUUCAUUUCACGGUGACACUCUUGAUUAAUAUAUUAUUGCGUCCUAUGUACCUUCGAACGAUUCACUAAAAUGGCUGCUCUCUAGCAAACUUAGUGCUGAAGGAAGCAGCUAGUUUAUGUAUUGUCAUUUACAAACUUUGCAUCGACGUUCACAUUUUGAUCAAAAUAACACUCAGAUAAUGAGAUGCUCUCUAAUGCUGUCCUGCUGGACAUAUGGAGCAGAAACAAACUAAAAGUAGUCAAGAUAUACCGGUACCCUUCCGCUGAUCAGCUCAUAGUUGAAUGCUUAUCUGAAUGCUUGCAAGAAGUUACCAGGUUCGUACUUCGGAGAUUUAGCGCCCGAUUGUU